ACAGUAGGCGUUAACAAAGAGUUGAGGUCUGACAAGUCAACACCUUUUGAACAAUUUUUUUUCUUUAACUUCAUCAUGUUAUGUUCCAAGGGUCUUCAGUGCAUUGACUUUUAAUUAACCUACAAAGACUAUUCCAUUUCGCCAUGUUCUAAUUGUCAUUAAUGUAAACAACGGUGGAAUGUGGAUGUUAGGGAUGGGCAGUUGUCCAGAAAUACUUCAGCGCAUAUGGAAAAGUUAUCAUGAAAAGGUGUUUUCAUAAGAUACGUUAGUUUUGUUGGGAUUCUCGAAGACCUGUCUAGGGGUGCUAAAGAACCGACAAUAUUAAUAUUACAGACGUUCAUAACAUUGAGAUAGCGUGAUUCCCUCCUCUAAAUAGUAAGACAGAUCCGUUCUAAUAUAUGAUCGAAGUAGGCCAAAAGUCUUCAAAAGAAGAUAAAACUGUCGGAGGGUCACUUUCAGUAGUUCAGUUUUAUACAGGAACAUUCGUCGUCAUGCCUCUUACAUUUCCAGUGAAAAUCUCCACAAGAGAAAUGCACACGGCAGGAGAGACGGUAAGGAUUGUAGAAAAUGGAUUUCCUGAAAUCCAGGGUCGGACACUUCUGGAAAAGAUUAAUUAUAUGAAAAGUAAUUUGGAUGAGUAUAGAAAACUGUUGAUAUGGGAGCCACGAGGUCACUUUGACAUGUUUGGUGUCUUGAUCGUGCCUUCUGAUAUAGAGUCCUGCGACUUUGCAACUAUCUUCGUCCAUAAUGAGGGAUACUCCACGAUGUGUGGACACGCUGUAAUAUCCUUGGGACGUUAUGCCAUCGAAAAGGGACUUGUUAAAAAUGUCAGAGUUCCGGAAACCCGGAUAAACAUCCAGUGCCCCUGUGGUCCGGUGACUGCUUACGUCACAUAUGACGGCCAGACAACUGGUGACGUCAGAUUCCAAAGUGUUCCAUGCUUCCUUUUCAAAGCAGAUUUACCAGUGAAGGUUCCGGGUUACGGUAACUUGGUGGUCGACAUUGUUUACGCUGGAGCUUUCUACGCCAUCGUGUCAACUGAACAGUUCGGAUUGCACGUCAAGAAAUCGUCAGUGUCCGAAUUAAGGGCAGCCGCUGGGACAACGACAGACAUUUUGAGGGCGCAGCUGAAGUUAGCACACCCGGAUACAGAGGGUGUGUCUUUCGUUUAUGGUACGAUCCUGACGGACGGAAACGACGCCUAUUCUGAUGAAGUCACGGACACUAUGUGUGUGUUUGCUGAACGUGAGGUAGAUCGAUCACCAUGUGGAUCUGGGACCUCCGCUAGAAUUACUCUCCAGUUCUUUAAGAACAAAGUCAAGGUUAACCAGACCAGAACCUUCCGCGGACCUUCUGCUGACACGUUCACCGCAAAAGUCGUCAAAGAGGUCAGCUGUGGAACAUACCCAGCAGUUAUCACUGAGGUGAAAGGUCAUGGGUAUUUUACUGGAAAUUCUACAUUCACUCUAGAAGAAAAUGACGCCAGGGGAAGAGGGUUUUUAUUGGAAUAGAUACAUGUAGGAUGUGAAAAUAAAACUAUUUUGAUCAC